CUUUUAUCUGUAACCCGUCGGUGACUCAUCGCCCAGUCACGCGUCCUACCCACGGACACCAGUGACGAUCCCUGCCCGGCCCGUGUUCCAUAUAAAUGACACGCGGCGGACUCCUGGCUUCAGCCUCUGUCCUCGCGCUCUGCGGCUUCUGCAACUUCACGCGAUUUCACGGCACGUUUGCGUGCGUCGUUCUGACUGCGCUGCUUCACGCGCUCAGUGCGCACCAACAGAUUUCGCUCGGGCCGCUGCGGGAGGAAGUUCAGGAAAAUUGUAAACCAUCAGCUAUGGCCGACAUCAGCAGAUCCAACACAGGUUUUGCCUUAGAGCUGCUCCGCACUCUGAGCCAGGCCAGCCCCGCUGGCAACAUCUUUGUUUCCCCGCUGAGCAUCAGCUCCGCCCUGGCUAUGGUUUACCUGGGGGCUAGAGGAGACACUGCUGCUCAGAUGGCAAAGGCCCUCUCAUUCAACUGCGGUGAAAGCGUCCACGCGGACUUCCAGACACUGAACGCCGACGUCAACUCACCCUCCGCCUCAUACAUCCUGAAACUCGCCAACCGUCUCUACGGAGAAAAGACUGCCAACUUCCUCCCGCUGUUCCUCACGGCCACACAGAAGCACUACCAGGCCGACCUGAAGGCCGUGGAUUUUAUGGGGGCUCCAGAGGCCUGCAGAGCGGAGAUCAACAGCUGGGUGGAGCGGCAGACGGAGAAUAAGAUUAAAGAUCUUCUGAAGUCCGGAACAGUCACUCCUAUGACACGGUUGGCUCUGGUUAACGCCAUCUACUUCAAGGGGAACUGGUUGAACCGCUUUGACCCGGCGAACACCAAAGAGAUGUCCUUCAAAGUCAACCAGAAUGAGGCAAAGCCGGUUCAGAUGAUGUACCAGAUGAAGAAGCUGCCCUACAACUACGUUCCUGAGCUCGGACUCCAGAUCCUGGAGCUCCCGUACGUGGAUGAGGAGCUCAGCAUGUUCAUCCUGCUGCCCGAGGAGUCUGCAGAUGGCUCUGACCCGCUGCUGAAGCUGGAGAAUGAGAUCUCACAGGAGAAGCUUGGCGAGUGGACCAACAGGGAAAACAUGGAUGUCCACUCAGAAGUCCUCGUUCACCUGCCCAAGUUCAAGCUGGAGGAAGACUACGAGCUCAACGAGCCUUUGGCCAAACUCGGAAUGACGGACGUGUUCUGCGGGGCGAAGGCCGAUCUGUCUGGCAUGAACGGGGAACGGGGACUCUUCCUGUCCACGGUGGCCCACAAAGCCUUUGUGGAGGUGAACGAGGAGGGAACGGAGGCGGCGGCGGCCACUGCAGCCAUGGUAUCGUUCUGUAUGUUGAGGGAGGAGCACUUCACAGCGGACCACCCCUUCAUCUUCUUCAUCAGGCACAAUAAAACCAAGUCCAUCCUUUUCCUCGGGAGGUUCUCGUCUCCUCAGUAGACAGAACAAGCAGGUGAAGAUUUUGUUCCAAUUGAAGUUCCUUUCAAAAGAAGAAUAGAAAAAAAACCUUUUGAAAUGAAUGCUUUAUUUUCUGGGAUAUUUAAUUGAAUUUAACUAGAGGGGGGGUUGUCUGCCAUUGCACUUAAUUGACGAAUAUAUCUAUUUUUCUUUGGGUUUAAAAGUGAUUAAUGUCGGUAACCAGAGUUUUUCAAAGGACUGUUAAUUUGACAGUAGUUAUAAUGAGAUGGGUUCACAAUAAAACUGUGAAAGCUUA